AGGACCUUGUGCAUGCUAAGCAUGUGCUCUGCCACUGAGCUAUACCCUUCCCACUGAAUCAUUUUCUCAUCUCUAAAGUAGGGGUAAUACGUGUGUCUUCCUCACAAGGUUCUUGGAAAAAGCAAAGCAAGAAUAACAUAGAAUAAUGAGAUAGUAAAUGUGAAAGCUCUUUGUACACUGUUGACCUGAAACAAAUGGCUGCUAGAUAUUUCUCCAGAAAAGCUGGUUUUUUGGGGGAUCAACAGAAAACUCCAGUUUGGGGUCUGCAACCAUGGCCAGCCAUAUGCAAGCCCUUGCAGCGCAAGGGAAGGAGAAUGCUUUUAUAUAGAGGAAAAGGAAGUUGAGAGGGCUCUAGUAAACAAAGAGUCUAUGGCUUUUCACUGGCUGAGUCCUUGCCAGGAAAGAAGAGGAGUCCUUCUUCCUACUGGGCUCUGCUGUCUCCCACAGCAUAAGAAUUCCCCAUUCUGAUCUCCCAACACUAAUUGAGGUUGCUGUUCAAUUUUUCACAAAACUUUAAGUGUGAGAGAAAUAUAAAGCAAAGUAAUUUUUAGAUCAGGGGAUUUUCACUAUUUUUGACCCUGAAAGCAGGGUUCUAGAUUUCAUUCCUGUCCUGACUCUGGGAAAAUCUUUUUAUAUCUGGGGUGUCUGUUUUCUAACCGGUAACGCAGACAUAUCAAAGUUUAUGAAUAAUUGAUAUAUGUCUACACGACUAGCACGAUUUAUUUGGAUAUAUAACAAACUUCUGUAAACUAAGAAGUCUGUAUUACUGGACAAUCUCCAACUACCUACCAGCUCUGAUUUGAUUAUUUUGCUUCUACAUGAGACAUUAGUUACAUUCAAGCUGUCACUGUCCCCACAGACAGCACAGCAGAAACACCUAAGAAGGAGCAACUGGUUUCCUGAAGACACUGUAAGGCGGAAAUGCAUUAUAUGGUAGAUUCAAUAACAAAAUCAAAACAGUCAGAAUUUAAUUAAACGGCGGCUGGAAACACUUCGGUCACUGUAGGAAAGCUAUGUACAUCGGGAAGGCUUUGCACGUGCCAUUAACCUUCCCUUUAAGGCAUGUAGCUUUUCUAGCUGAGGCGAGGUCUUCGGGCCCUCGAGUUUCCCAGCGCACCUUGCGCUGCUCUUGGCGGGAAAGUUGACCUCCACAGCGGGGUCAAAAGGCUUCUGUCGCGCCACUGCAGGCAACGGUUGAAGGAAGGCGCAUGCGCAUCGGGCGAAGCGCGUGCCGCAACCUGCCGCUCUCCGGGUCGCCGUCUCAGGACCCUCAGACGCUCCGUAAUACAAAUUUCUUUUUCGUUUUCCUUCUUUUCGUUUCUUUCUCUCUCUUUUUCUUUUUGAUGUAUUUUUCUGUUACCUCCCAUCUACUUGUAAGUUUCUUAAGGUCUUAAUGGUGAAACAUUGGCGGGGGGCGGAGGUGGGGAGGAGGAAGGUAUACCUACUUUUCACAAGAGGUUCUUUAGGUCUGCUGUGGCUUCUACUACAGGCCUCAUCAGGAUAAAUUUAAACGUUUACCUUAAAUAGACUCUUCUGUGAAUUCUUCUAGAUGAAUUGUCUGAUUAAGAUGAAUGAAAUUGAGACAAAAAAAUGAAACUUACGUCAAAAUAUCAAAGUUAUAAUUGAGAAAGUCAGAAUCAGCCCCCCCAAAAUCUAGAGUGUUUUCUGUUGCUCUUUUAUGGUUUUUCCACAGAGUAGAACAAUAUGUUAUAUCCAGAGUCGUGCUAAAGUUCGGGGAAGGAAAGUUACCUGAUUUGGUCAUUUUGAAACUACAAAUUUAAAACAAAAAUUAAAAGAUUAUUUUAAAGCGUUUGACGGGCAAUUUUUCAUUAUCUACUACCUACCUGUGCAAUGUUGUCAGUGUUUGAAUACUGUGAAGUGAAGAAAAACAGAUCAUGCUUUUUUCUUUAAAGGUCUUUUAACGAGCUUUCUUAAUAAACCCAUUUCUGUGAGGCUUGCUAGUUAGAUGGCUUAAAAUUAGGACUUAAAAGAGUUGUAUAGCAAAAUGAAUCUCUGUUUUUGAAGAUUCCAUUUUAGGUAAAAAUAGUUCUAUUCAUAUAAAAUUCUUUCUGACUUUACAUGUAGUAAACUAGAAUAUUAGAGAUAAAAAUAAGAUAUGAAGUUGAAGCUUGUAUUUGUGUCACAAGGUUGAUUUAAAGAAAAUACUUUAUCAGAAGAUGGCCACUGCACAAUUGCGGAGAACUUCCUCCACGAGUGCAUUGGUAUUUCCCAAUAAGAUAUCAACUGAGCAGCAGUCUUUAGUGUUAGUGAAGAGGCUUCUAGCAGUUUCGGUAUCCUGCAUCACGUAUUUGAGAGGAAUAUUUCCAGAGUGUGCUUAUGGAACAAGAUAUCUAGAUGAUCUUUGUGUCAAAAUUCUGAGAGAAGACAAAAGUUGUCCAGGAUCUUCGCAGUUAGUGAAGUGGAUGUUAGGAUGCUAUGAUGCUUUACAGAAAAAAUACCUAAGGAUGGUUGUUCUAGCUGUAUACACCAAUCCAGAAGACCCUCAGACAAUUUCAGAGUGUUACCAAUUUAAAUUCAAGUACACCAGUAAUGGACCGAUCAUGGACUUCAUAAGAAACCAAAAGAGUGAAUCUAAUAUGCCAUCUGCUGACACCAAGAAAGCAAGUAUUCUCCUCAUUCGCAAGAUUUACGUUCUAAUGCAAAAUCUGGGACCUUUACCUAAUGAUGUUUGUUUGACCAUGAAACUUUUUUACUAUGAUGAAGUUACACCCCCAGAUUACCAGCCUCCUGGUUUUAAGGAUGGUGAUUGUGAAGGAGUGAUAUUUGAAGGGGAGCCUAUGUACUUAAAUGUGGGAGAAGUCCCAACAGCUUUUCACACCUUCAAAAUAAAAGUGACCACUGAGAAAGAACGAAUGGAAAAUAUUGAUUCGACUAUAUUAUCACCAAAACAGUUAAAAACACCACUUCAAAAAAUUCUCAUGGACAAAGAUGAUCUAGAAGAUGAACAGGAGCACUGUACAAGUGAUGAUUUUGACACUGAAACUAAAGUAGGAAAGCAGAAAAAAAACCCUGGAUCUUAUGAACUUGGAGAACAAAGUUUAGUUUGUGACGAAGAUGAAAUUAUGAGGUCUAAAGAAAGUCCAGAUCUUUCAAUUUCUCAUUCUCAGGUUGAGCGGUUAGUCAGUAAAACAUCUGAACUUGAUGUGUCUGAAAGCAAAACAAGAAGUGGAAAAAUAUUUCAAAAUAAAAUGGCUAAUGGAAAUCAACAAGUAAAAUCUUCUAAGGAAAAUCGGAAGAGAAGUCAACUUGAAUCUGGGAAAACAGUCCGUCGUCAGUUUGAUUCUUCUAGUCAAGAGUCAGUGCCAAAAAGAAGAAAGUUUAGAGCACCAAAGGAACGUAUAUAAAAAAUUUUUUUUUCUGCAUGUUUGCAAAGUUCUUCACAACAUUUAAACUAAAGGACACUGUAUUACUAUUUUAAGGUGUGUUUGCCCUACCUCUGAAAACUUAUAUGUAGUUUUAAGCAGUUAGUACACUAAAAUGAGUUCUUAGCUGACUAUCAUAUUGUGAUCUUGAACUUUAUAUGAGACAAAUUCAAGAGAACUUUUGAAUAAAAACAAAAGUACCAGUGUCAUAAUUUAUUCUUUUAAUUAUCUACUCAAUAUUGAUCCAUCUUCCAUUUUGGUGGACAUUUCCUUUAAACAUAUAUUAACUUUUAAAGCCCUCUAAAGCAGUUUUUUGAAAUAAAUCUUUAUUUUGGUAUUAAAUUUUGAUAGAAAUUCACUUUUUACUUAUGUUAAAACUAUACAAUUUAGCUGUUUGUCAUUAUGUUGUUAUUAAAAGUGUUCUUCAGUACUUUGAUAUAGUAUAUUAACAUGAUAAUAUAUAAUGUACAAUUAAAAAUUGGUGCUAUCCCUUUUUUAACUUUUUUACUAAAAGACAAAAUGACUGAUUUUAAAGUCUGGCAUUUUUGGCAGCAUAAAUAAAAUACUGCUCAGCUUCUAGACUC